AUGUUGAUUCAUAAGUAUCCUCCAGGAAUAUGGCCAGAAUCACCCAGUUUCUGUGAUCAUGGGAUGCCCCCGGUGCCUUCGAGAUGGAAAGGGAAAUGCCAAACUGGAGAAUCAUUCACAAAUUUCUCCUGCAACAAAAAAAUAAUUGGAGCCAGGUACUAUCUGAAUGGAUACGAAGCAGAAGAAGGAAGCAGUGAACUUCCCACCAAUUCAGAUAGGACUGUGAAGUCUCCUAGGGACAGCUCUGGCCAUGGUAGUCACACAGCCUCAAUUGCCGCUGGUCGACACGUAAAGAACAUGAAUUAUAAUGGCCUGGGGACAGGUGGUGCUCGAGGAGGGGCUCCAAUGGCCAGGAUCGCAGUCUACAAAUCCUGUUGGGAUGCUGGCUGUUAUGAUGCAGACUUACUGGCUGCAUUCGACGGUGCCAUUAGAGAUGGAGUAGACAUAAUAUCUGUGUCAUUGGGCCCCAAUUCUCCACAGGGUGAUUAUUUCAGUGAUGCAAUCUCUGUGGGCUCAUUCCAUGCUGCUAGCCAUGAUAUUCUGGUUGUUUCUUCAGCUGGAAAUGCUGGAACUCGAGGCUCUGUGACAAAUCUUGCACCAUGGAUGCUCACCGUAGCUGCCAGCUCAACAGACCGGGAAUUCGCUUCACACAUCAUACUUGGUGGUAUAAAGAAAUUGAUGGGUGAAAGCUUAAAUACCUCCAAAAUGAAAGCAUCAGCAAGAAUCAUCUCAGCUUCUGAAACUAGUCGGGGGUACUUCACUCCAUAUCAAUCAAGUUUCUGCUUGGAUAGCUCCUUGAAUAAAACAAAGGCUAGAGGGAAGGUCCUUAUUUGUCGCCAUUCUGGUAGCCCCUCCGAAUCGAGGCUGGCAAAGAGUCUGGUGGUGAAGAAAGCUGGGGGUGUGGGAAUGAUUCUGAUAGAUGAAGUAGAGAAUGAUGUUGCAGUUCCUUUUGUGAUCCCUGCAGCUUCUGUUGGAAGGGCAGUUGCUGCAAGAAUCUUAUCUUAUGUCAAUCAAACAAGGAAACCAAGAUCACUUAUUUUGCCUGCAAAAACCAUAAUAGCAUCUAGACCAGCUCCUCGGGUGGCAGCAUUUUCUUCCAAAGGUCCCAAUUACUUGACACCAGAGAUUUUGAAGCCUGACAUCACAGCUCCAGGACUGAAUAUCUUAGCAGCUUGGUCUCCUGCAGAUAAGAAGAUGAACUAUAACAUUCUCUCCGGAACUUCUAUGUCAUGUCCCCAUGUAACAGGACUGGUGGCCUUGAUCAAAGCUGUACACCCAACAUGGUCUCCUUCAGCAAUAAAGUCUGCAAUAAUGACAUCAGCAACUACGUUGGAUCAGAAUGGCAAUGUCAUAACAGCAGAUCCUGAUGGAAGAGCAGCAAACCCAUUUGAUUAUGGAUCCGGCUUUCCAGAUCCCUCAGGACUUCUUGAUCCUGGUCUUAUCUAUGAUGCACAAGCUGCAGAUUACAAGGCUUUCUUAUGCUCAGUUGGUUAUGAUGACCGGUCUUUGCAGCAAAUCACAGGAGACCACAGUGUCUGCAUUAAACCUUCGCCAUUAGCUUCGAACCUGAAUUAUCCAUCAAUUACAGUACCAGAUCUUAAGGGUAGCUACUCCAUCACCCGAACCGCAACAAAUGUAGGGCAAACCCGAUCUGUCUAUCGAGCUGUAGUGUCUCCACCAGCUGGCAUCAAUGUAACUGUGAUUCCUGAAGUUCUUAUUUUUAAAAGCUAUGCUCAGAAGUUAAACUUUACAGUGAAUUUUAGGGCUGUUGUUGCAUCGAAGGACUACGUGUUUGGGUCAUUAUCAUGGAAGUCUAAGAAUGCCCAUGUAACAAGCCCAUUGGUAGUCAGAGCAUCCUCUUCUAAAACAGGCUUGUUAUAAUGAAUUGGUUUUAUAUAAUUAUGCCUUGUUUA